CGAGCAGCGUGAUUGGCUCAGGCCUGGAAAAGUACGUUUGGGAUCCUCAAUGUACAGGCCGCAGUAGCGCUACCGUUGGAAAAUUAACAAUAAUAAAUUACGACAGAUUCGAGGGGAUCCGAAACUCUUCAACGCUCCGAAGGCAGUCGCGGAGUAGACACUUUCCUCCCAGAUGCCAGAUCCACAGAUUAGCUAAAUGUCUGCGACGCUUCUACAUGAAGGGAUCUACUGUCAGAUGUGAAGUGUUGUGGACCGCUCACAGAUAAUGGAUCAAGGUGGAGGGAUCCUGGAGCUUCACAACGAUUUAACAAUGCCCCAUACAAUGAUAAUGCCAGAUUUUGUUGCAGGGAUGGGAGGCAUGGCUCACAUCGACGGCGAGCACAUCGUGGUGUCUGUGCCGGAGGCCGUGAUGGUGACAGACGAGGGCAUCAUGCUGGAGACUGAGGUGGUGGAGGGACCGGACAUCUGUCACGAGGACGUCAUCACCACCGAGGCCGUGAUCAUGGCCGAGUCCAUCCUGGGGGCCGAGGUGGCCAUCCAAGAGGCUGACCUGAUGGAGGAGACGGUGCCCGAUCAGGUGUUUGUGGCUGAGCUCAUGUCUCCUCACGAUCAGAGCCCGCUGGACCACGAGCUGGUGACCGCAGAGGUCAUUAAAGCAGUGGAUGAAGAGGAGGAUGCGAAGAGCACUUCGGAGGACUACCUCAUGAUCUCCCUGGAUGAGGUCGGGGAAAAGCUGGACAUCGGAGACGCGCCUUUAAAGAUCAGUGCAGACGUGGUCCAGGACGACGACGGCUCCAAAGAGGACGAGUUCAGCUCCGAGGUCAUUAAAGUUUACAUCUUUAAGGCAGAUGGAGAUGAAGAUGUGGAAAUAGGCAGCACAGAGGUGGUGGAGGAGAGUGAUUUCCCCAACGGACACGCAGCGCUGGAGCCGGCCACUUCAGGAAGACUGACCAGAGAGAAGAUGGUCUACAUGGCUGUAAAGGACACCAGCCAAGGACACGAGGACAUCAACUGCUCAGAGAUGACUGACCAGGUGUAUAUGGAGGUCAUCGUUGGGGAGGAAGAAGCUCCUGUUAUCACUGAAGCACAGCUGGAGGACGCACCGGUCAACAAGACCUUUGUUCCCGCCACCUGGGCCACUGCUUAUGGAAGCAGUCUAGAGAGUAAGAACAGUGCGGCCACUCCGUACCUACAAAUCACCGACAGCAUCAGCACAAGCAGAGCACUUAAACAAAAGAUCAAGAAGAAGAGGAGAGGGGAGACGCGCCAGUCUCAGACAGCUGUGAUCAUCGGUCCAGACGGCCAGCCCCUGACCGUCUACCCCUGCCACAUCUGCGGCAAGAAGUUCAAAUCACGCGGUUUCCUGAAGCGCCACAUGAAGAAUCACCCAGACCACAUGUUCAAGAAGAAGUACCAGUGCACCGACUGCGACUUCACCACCAACAAGAAGGUGAGUUUCCACAACCACCUGGAGAGCCACAAGCUGAUCAUCAAGAGCGAGAAGAUCCCGGAGUACACCGAGUACACGCGGCACUAUCACGAGGCCAGCCCGCUCAGCUCCAACAAGCUCAUCCUGCGAGACAAGGAGCCCAAGCUGCACAAGUGCAAGUACUGCGAGUACGAGACGGCCGAGCAGGGCCUCCUCAACCGCCACCUGCUGGCUGUGCACAGCAAAAACUUCGCUCACGUCUGCGUCGAGUGCGCCAAGGGCUUCCGGCACCCAUCGGAGCUCAAGAAGCACAUGCGGACGCACACGGGCGAGAAGCCCUACCAUUGCGAGCACUGCGACUUCCACUGUGCUGACCAGUCCAAUCUAAAGACUCACAUAAAGAGCAAACACGGCACUGACCUGCCCUUCAAGUGCGGCCACUGCCCGCAGGCCUUCGCCGACGACAAGGAGCUCCAGAGGCACACGGAGAUCUUCCAGGGCCAUAAGACUCACCAGUGUCCACACUGCGAACACAAGAGCACCAACUCCAGCGACCUGAAGCGGCACGUCAUCUCGGUGCACACCAAAGACUUCCCGCACAAGUGCGACGUCUGCGAGAAGGGCUUCCACAGACCCUCCGAACUGAAGAAGCACGCAGAAACGCACAAGGGGAAUAAAGUGCACCAGUGCAGGCACUGCGAGUUUAAGACGUCGGACCCCUUCGCGCUCAGCCGACACAUUCUGUCUGUUCACACCAAGGACUUGCCGUUUAAGUGCAAGCGGUGCAAGCGUGGAUUCAGGCAUCAGAACGAACUGAAGAAGCACAUGAAGACGCACAGCGGUCGCAAGGUCUAUCAGUGCCAAUACUGCGAGUACAACACUACAGACGCUUCGGGAUUCAAACGGCACGUCAUAUCCAUCCACACUAAAGACUAUCCGCACAGGUGUGACUAUUGCAAGAAGGGUUUCAGACGGCCGUCGGAAAAGAACCAACACAUAAUGCGGCAUCACAAAGAAACCCUGCUAUAACGCUCUUUCUUUCAUCCCCAAAACAAGCUCAUCGUGUCAUUCAAAGCCCUCUUAUUUAAUGUUCUGCUUAAGCGUAACGAAACAUCAAUCCCAGCUGAGGUGGGUAGAAGCGGCUAACAGUACGGUCUCGGUCACACCUCUCCGAAGAAAACAUUCACUUAGGGUCUCAGAUGCCUUUAUUUUUAUACCCACUUUACUGAAAUGCUCAAAGGAGUAGUUCACCCAAAAAUUCACAUUGUCAUUAUUUGCUUUCCAAACAUCUUCUCUAGAGAUAUGAUAGCAGAAGUUUCGCA